AUGGCAGAAGACGAAGACUACGAAGGUGAAAUGGAUGCUGAUGAGUUCGGCGAUGAGGAGCAGAUGGAUGAUUUAGAUUUGGAACCCGCUGAAGAUGAUGCUGAAAGGAUACAAGUCGUCGAGGGAUCGCAAAAAACAGCGUCCGCUGAGCGUGUCACAACUCCAUUCAUGACAAAGUAUGAGCGAGCACGGAUCCUUGGCACGAGGGCGCUACAAAUUGCGAUGGGUGCACCAGUCAUGGUAGAAUUGGAAGGAGAAACGGAUCCACUGGAGAUUGCUCGAAAGGAGCUCAAGCACCAAAAAAUACCUCUUAUUGUAAGAAGGUAUCUUCCCGAUGGUUCUUUUGAAGACUGGAGUGUUGAUGAAUUAGAUGUUACUGACUGGUGA